CUUCUCUAACCACACCUUCUUUCUCCAUUGUUGACUCGCUCACUAUAUAUUUCUCACCCAUAUCAUAAUUUUCUAUCUCAAGCACAGAACAGAGCCAAGAACACGUUUUCUACAUCCUCUUUCUCCUCUAACACACAGAAAAGAGAAGAGGGAGAAAAAUACAUCUCAUUUAAACAUAAUUUUCCGUUCAUUUUCUCUCUCUUCUUUCUCUCUCUUUCUAACCUCAUCGUCAUCAUUGACAGAUAACAACUUCCUGUUUUUAAGUUAUUUAUUUAUUGAUGGGGACGGAGGUAUUACGACCGCAGGAUUGUUUGAUCGAACGGAUCGGAGUAGCUCCGGCGGUGUUUCAUCGCCGGCGGAGCUUCUAUGGAAACGGGAACCCGAACCCCAGCUUCAGAAAACCGGUUUUCCGGCAAGGUCAGAAGAAGCGAUUCAACUAUCCAUCAGAGCCGUCGAUCUCGAAGAGAUCGUCGGAGGAUUUCAAGCAAAAUUAUAACCACCACCACCACCAUGUGAUGGGACACGUGGCUGUAUUAAGAAGAGGUGAGUCGCUUGAUCUGAAGAUGAACGGUGAGGAUUUGAUAGUAUAUGGUACCGAGAGGUCGGGUCCGGAUCCGGAAAUGGUCCGGAGAGAGAUCCGGGUCGGGGACCUGAGAUCGGCUCUGGCCGCGGGCGGCCGGUCCGACAUGUACGCCGGAUCGGCGUUCGCGAUGUCGCCGUCGCCGAGCUCGCUUCCUUUGCCCUCGUUCUUCAACAAGAAGCAAGUCUCGGAGAUCGCCGAUGACUCGGCAAGUAGAGAUCUGAGACGUUUGCUUGGUCUCGCUUGAACAUGGUUCUUAAAAAAUUGUCUCUAAUCUCACUUUGCUCGUUCUCUAGAUCUGAUCUUUCCGUGAUUUUUUGAAUGGAGAGAAUAGAUCUGAAAAUGGAGAAGAAUAUUGUGGAAGAGAUGGUAUUUGUGAACUGGUUUUAAAUAUGACGGGGUAAAUUAUGAAUUAUGGAAUAGUAUGGGGUUAAUUUGACAAUUAGGUGUUUGUACUAAUAAAUGAGGAAUUGCAAGGGGUUGUUAAUUUAUGGUUUGUAAUACCUCUGGUGAGAAGUGCAAAUAGUUUGGGAUGGGAUUGAGGAUAUGUGAAUGUUCUUGUGCUCUAUUGUUGUAGAUGUUGAGGAGUGUUUGUAAGUUAUGUGUAUCUGUAUGAUUAUCAGUAAAAAUUAAGUUAAGGAAAAAGCUGGGCUGAUUUGGUUUUA